AUGGCUGGGGGCACUACAAAUGGUGUCAACGGCGUUACAAAUGGCGCCCGUGAAGCUACAAACGGAGUUACCAACGGGGUCACGAAUGGAGUUACGAAUGGAGCUACGAAUGGUGUCAACGGAGUCACGAAUGGGAUAACGAAUGGACAAAAGGCGAAGGACAAGGGCCCCUCCAACAAAAGCAGUGCUCCUCCAGCUAAGAGGGGUGACGUCGAAAGCACAUUUGCAAAAUACGCCCAAUUGAUCCAUGCUUCCAGGCGUCCUCUUCCAACACAGUCCGGAGAUGGAUCCUACCUCAAAGAAGAUACACAGUAUACAACCACUUUUCAAGACCUGAGAACAAUGGGGUUCAAGGGAAUCUCUACAUUGUUGGCAGUGAGGAAGCAGAAGAAGAGCGGGAAGCUCGACAAUGACAGAGAGUACCAUAUGGAGCGUGUCAUUCAGCUUGUUGCUGGCCUGCCGCCAAAUUCUAAAAUGCGCAAAGACUUGACAAACACUUUCGUGAAGGGGCUCUGGGAUUCCAUUCUCCACCCACCACCAUCGUACCUCGGUGACGAGUUCAGGUAUCGUAGCGCAGAUGGUUCCAACAACAACCCAAUCCUGCCUCGCCUUGGAGCAGCGGGUACGCCCUAUGCGCGCUCUAUAGUUCCCGAGUCGAUUCAGCUAGGAGCUCUGCCCGACCCAGGACUCAUCUUCGACAGCAUUUUCGCCCGCGAGAAGUUUAAGCCCCAUCCGAACGGAGUCUCCAGUAUAUUCUUCAAUUGGGCUUCCUUGAUCAUCCACGAUCUGUUCCAAACCGACUACCGGAAUCCUCACAUAUCCGAGACCUCGUCAUACCUUGAUUUAUCCAUCCUGUACGGAGACAACCAGGAGGACCAGAAUAAGGUGCGGACGUUUAAAGAUGGAAAACUGAAGCCUGACUGCUACUCCGAGCCGCGACUACUUGCCUUCCCCCCGGCGUGCAGCGUUAUUCUCAUCAUGUUGAACAGAUUCCACAAUUACGCUGUAGAGCAGCUCGCCAACAUCAACGAAGGUGGCCGAUUUGCGAAGCCCAGAAGCGGACUUAGCCCCGAAGCGACUGAAAAAGCCUGGGCUAAAUAUGAUAAUGAUUUGUUCCAGACUGGACGACUGGUUACGUGUGGCCUAUACAUCAACAUCACCCUCUAUGACUACGUGCGCACCAUUGUCAACUUAACCCGAAGCAAUACUACAUGGAGUCUGGAUCCACGCGUGGGAAUGCGUGAGGGUGCUACCCCUGAAGCCGCCGCUAGCGGCAUUGGCAACCAGGUGUCCAUGGAAUUUAACCUGGCCUAUCGCUGGCAUUCUUGCAUUGGUGCCGGUGACGAGGAAUGGACGAACCAAAGCUAUCAGAAGAUAUUUGGAAAGGCUGGCGAAGACCUGUCCACCCUUGAGCUCGUCCACGGACUUGGAAAAUGGCAGGCAGACAUGCCAGAUGAUCCUGCUGAGAGAACCUUUGCGGACCUCAAGCGAAAGCCUGAUGGAACCUUUGACGAUGGGGAACUCAUGCAAAUUAUGACGGAAGCAAUUGAGGAAGUCGCUGGAUCUUUCGGGCCCAAGAAUGUUCCCAAAGCACUUCGUGGCGUUGAGAUUCUCGGGAUGCAAACCGCCCGCAAAUGGGGCUGCGCUUCUCUUAACGAAUUCCGUAAAUUCUUUGGCUUACAGGAGUACAAGACGUUUGAGGAGAUCAACUCUGACCCAGAGAUUUCGGAAGCCCUUCGUCACCUUUAUGAGCACCCCGAUCAUGUUGAGCUAUACCCCGGAAUUGUUGCAGAAGAGCCAAAGGUUCCUAUGGUUCCUGGUGCUGGUAUUUGCCCAACUUAUACGAUCUCUCGGGCUAUUUUGUCUGACGCAGUCGUGUUGGUGCGAGGAGACAGGUUCUACACGGUGGACUACCAUGCGAAGAAUCUCACCAACUGGGGAUUCGCUGAGACCCAUUAUGAUCUCAACGUCAACCAGGGCUGUAUGUUCUACAAACUGAUGCUCAGGGCAUUCCCCAACCAUGUGAAGUCCGAUUCGAUCUACGCCCAUUACCCGAUGACCAUCCCAAGUGUAAACAAGAAGAUCUUCAAAGAUUUGGGCAGACAUGAUGAUUUCUCCUGGGACCGACCAUCAUUUAUCCCGCCUCGUGUCAACAUCACCUCAUACAUUGGCGCGAAGACUAUCUUGGAGAACUCCAAGGACUUCCGUGUGACUUGGGGUGAAGCAACUGGUUUCCUGUUCGGAAAGGGGGGAUUGGACUUUAUGCUUUCUGGAGACUCCUCGUUCCACACGCAGCAACGUAAGACUAUGGGCAAGGCGCUCUACCAUAACGAGUGGAAGAAACAUAUCAAGGAGUUCUAUGAGGACAUUACCUUGAAGCUUCUGAGGCAAAAGUCUUGCAAGAUUGCAGGCAUCAAUCAGGUUGAUAUCACAAGAGAUGUUGGUAACCUCGCACACGUACACUUUGCGUCCAACAUCUUUGGUCUACCACUGAAGACUGAGGAAAACCCCAAGGGCGUCUAUACUGAACAUGAACUAUUCAUGAUCAUGUGCCUGAUCUUUACCACGAUCUUCUUCGAUCUAGAUCCCGCCAAAUCGUUCCCGCUCAGACAAGCAUCCAGAGCUGUCGCCCAGCAACUCGGCCAGAUCAUGGAAGGCUACGUCAAGUCCGUCAAGGCAACCGGCUUCAUUUCCGGCUUCAUGGACCGCUUCCGUGAGAACAAGACUGCACUGGCUGACUAUGGAAUUCAUAUGAUCCGACGUCUCCUUGACGCCGGACUCAGCGUCGAGCAGGUAACCUGGUCCCAGGUUAUGCCAACUGCUGGAGCUAUGAUCCCUAACCAGGCGCAAGUGUUCACUCAAAUCAUUGAUUUCUAUCUCUCCGAGGAGGGCAAGGUCCACCUGCCAGAGAUCAACCGCUGGGCUAAGGAGACCUCUGAAGAAGCCGACGAGAAGCUGCUCCAUUACUGCAUGGAGGGCAUUAGAUUGAACGGUACCUUUGGCUCUUACCGCGAGUCAACGGCCGCCUUGAACAUUGACGACGAUGGCCGCGACGUUUCAGUUAAACCUGGAGACAAGGUUUUCGUCAGCUUCGUCGGAGCUGCUCGUGAUCCCAAGAUAUUCCCCUCACCGCAUGAGGUUCGCCUUGACCGACCCCUUGAUUCGUACAUCCAUUACGGUGAAGGCCCGCACACUUGUCUUGGAAAGGAUGCCAACAUGAUUGCACUUACAUCCAUGUUGCGUGUCGUCGGCCGAUUGGAAAACCUCCGACGAGCUCCAGGACCCCAGGGUGAACUAAAGAAGAUAUCUCGCCCCGGCGGUUUCUACAUCUACAUGCGUGAGGACCAGGGUGGCUACUUUGUCUUCCCCAUGACCUUCAAAGUCCAUUACGAUGGUGAACUCCCGGCCCCGAGGCCAAGAAACUAG